ACACCCGGAGGGAGGGCCCAAGUUUGCCCAUGCCUGCAAAGCAAGCUCUCCAAAGGCGCUCGCUCUGUGCGUAAAAGCGGGCGGGCAGGGCGCACGGUUGGGCGCCUCUCUCUCCCGAGCCCGCCCUCCGCCCUCCGCCCGCCCGCCCACGGAAGGGGUUUUCCAGGCCCGGGGAGGAGGAGGAGGCCCGGCCCGCCCGCCUCCCCGGCCCUCCUCCUCCCCGCCUUCCCUUCCUUCUUUCCCCGGUCGUGGCCAUGGCUUCUCUGCUCGGCUCGCCCUGGCUGCUUCUCCUCCUCCUCUUCUUCUUCUUCUUCUCCUCGGCUCUCCUGCCCCGAAGCUCAGCCGCCCAAGACCUGCGACGCCCGCCUUCCAGGAUUGGGGUGAUCGGGGCCGGGAUCGGGGGCUCCUCGGCCGCCUAUUUCCUGCGGCAGAAGUUCGGCAAGGAUGUCUCCAUCGACGUCUUCGAGCGGGGCCAAGUGGGCGGCCGCCUGGCCACCAUCGACCUGGAAGGAAAAGGCUACGAGGCCGGAGGAUCCGUCAUCCACCCGCUCAACCUGCACAUGAAGCACUUUGUCCAAGAGCUGGGGCUCUCCGUUCCAAAGGGCCGGGAUGGGCUCAUGGGCAUCUACAACGGAGAGGAGUUUGUCUUUGAGGAGAGCAGUUGGACCCUCUGGAACUACGUGAAGAUGUUCUGGAAUUACGGGCUGAAUGCCCUGCGGAUGACCAUGUGGGUGGAGGAGGUCUUGGACAAGUUUAUAAGCAUCUACCGCUACCAGGCGCACGACUUCGCCUUCAGCAGCAGCGAGGCCUUGCUCCAUGCGCUCGGAGGGGCCGCCUUCAUGCAGAUGCUCAACCAGACCAUCGAGGAAUCCAUGCAGGAGGCCGGCUUCUCCCAGAAGUUCAUCCGCGAGAUAGUCACCCCCGUCAUGAGGGUCAACUACGGGCAGGGAGUCGGCAUCAACGGAUUUGUGGGCGCAGUCUCUUUGGCAGGAGCCGGGAGUGGGCUUUGGUCCGUCGAAGGGGGAAACAAGCUCGUGUGUGUCGGCCUCCUCUAUGCUUCCAAAGCCCAGCCGAUUCCCAGCACCGUGAUCUCUGUGGAGGAAACAACGCGGCCCAGAGGACGCUCAGGAGAAACCAUGAAGCUGUACCAAGUCACCUACAACUCCACCUUCGGAGUAACCUCCGACCUGUACGAUAUUAUUGUGAUGGCCACCCCUUUGCAUCGUAAAAUCGCCAACAUCACCUUCCGCAACUUCAAGCCGCCCAUCCCCGAAUUCUCCAAGCCCUACCAAGAGAUCGUCGCCACUUUUGUCCACGGGAACAUCAACACUUCCUUCUUCGGCUACCCGGACCCUUCCACGUUCCAACUGAGUGCCAUUUUCACGAUGGAAAACCCCAAGUUGUUUGUCAACAGCAUUGGCGUCGUCUCUCCCGUGGAAGACAAGGCCAAAGCAGCAGAAGGCUCCCCGGUCUGGAAAGUGUUUUCGGCCCGGCCUUUGACCAAGGCGCAGCUGGACGUGCUCUUCUCCUCCUACGACUCGGUGGAGUCGAAGCCAUGGCUGGCCUACCCCCACUACAGCCCCCCCGAGCAGUGCCCGCCCCUCGUGAUCCACGACCACGUGUACUACGUCAACAGCAUCGAGUGCCUUGCGAGCGCCAUGGAAAUGAGUGCCAUCUCGGCCAAGAAUGCCGCCCUCCUGGCUCACCACCGCUGGUACGACCGGACGGACAAGAUCGACCAGGAGGAUCUGCACGAGAAACUCAAAACCGAGCUCUGACCGUGAGUGGGCACUUGCUUUGGUGGUAAAGAAAGAAAACGCCCCAAACCACCUGCUUAUUUUGAGCCAAUUUCCCUUCUGUGACACGUUUGUUUUCGUGAUGCGGUAUGUGGUAAAAAGACUACUUCUUUAAA